AUGAAUCCUUUUUAUUUUAUUCUUUGUUUUAUUACCCUCGCAAGCAGCGGUGCAGUAAAUCCGGCUCACCGGGAGAAUAAUCUCGAGGCGAGAGCCAGUAGUGGGGGAGUCUCGAUAGAUCAGUAUGAAUACAACAAACAACUCGGAAGACCUCCACCCCGUAUAGUCGAUGGAACAAGAUUCCAGGUUUGGAUACGCCUCAACCAGGAAAUUCCGACGGACGAGUUUUACAAAAAUGAUAUGGGCUUUACGCACAAUGCAUUGAGAGACCUUAUCGGAAGAGCAGGCGGCAAGCAUACCGACGUAGUUAUCGGCAGAGGGGGACAAUGGGUCGAAUAUGGACUAUUUUUCAAAGAUCCACUAUGGAGGAAUUUUGCUGAAAGCGGCUUGGGUUACGAGACAAUAAUUAACGUUCAGGACCUGCGGAACAUACAAGGCGUUAAAUGGACUUACGUGGGAUUGAUUCAUCGCAAUGCAAUCAAAUCGGCAGUUGAUCGUGUAUUGCUGAAGAAAGCCGAAAGUCUGAAAGGAAAGCCAUAUUCAACCCAAGAUUGGAAUUGUAUAACUUUCGCUGCUGACUUUGUAAAAUGGCUUAAACCUCUUAUAUAUUAUGAUCCCUCGGUGUUGACAAGUCUUGGUGUGGAAAAUUAG